AUGAAACCAUUCACAGAUGAAGAUGUAGAAAUCUACAUCCAGAGUAAGGUGGAACAGCGACAUUAUCUGGUUUCCAAGGCAGUGGAGGAGGUGCAGAAAAUCAUCCAGCAACUGACCGCAGAAAUCAGCUGUAAGGCCCUGCGAUUCCAGGCUAUCUCCAACUCUGGCAUUCACAAUGAGAAUAUUAAGGUCUUAGCACCCAGCCAAUUCCUCAUCACAGUUCCUCUGCGUGGCCUGGCUGGGUACAGGGAAUGCCAGGUACGGCACUGGCGUUAUUACACCGUGCAUGGAACCAAGCUCCUCUCCUCCGUGCGGGACCCUGAGGAACUGCAUCAGUGGCUAGAGGUGGAGCAGUUCUCAAAAAGCCUUCAGCAGUGGCAUGAAACGGACGUGAACAUCGAAGGUGAUCUGGUUCCAGCCAAAGUCCUUAUCGUCUUCCGGGAGCUGGUGGAAAAGUCAAUUAUCUCCUGUGACCUGUCCAGUAAAGUGACAGUGCUGGAGAGCUUCAGCUCAGUGGUCCGGGUAGCUGUGGAGACAUCAGAAUCCCAGGUCGAGGUGGAGCUGGUCCCUGCUGUGGAGAUUCCAACUUGCUGGCCCAAGAAAGCCCAGUGGCCUCGUUGCUUUAAGCGUUGGCCUUCUCAGGAAAAAGUGCAGUGCAUCAAGUCACUUGGUUUCGACCUUUUGGCCCGCUCCAACUAUCAUUGGCAGCUGUGUUUCUCGCGUGCUGAGCAUAUACUCAUGGAAGGCCUCGAUGAAGAUGGUGGCUGUCGCAUGAAGUGCUACAGGGUCAUAAGGCAGAUGAAGGAAGAUGUCUGGUGUGCUGGAAAUAAGCCUGUCAUCACAGCUUAUCACCUUCAGACAGUGCUAUUCUGGACGUGUGAAAAAUACCCACGCACCAAGGAUUGGCACUGCUUCACCGAAGCCUUUCUGCGGCUGGUGCAGAAGCUGCACAAGUGUGUAAGCCAGCACUUCCUCAAGCAUUACUUCGUCAGGAACACCAAUCUGCUCAAAUAUGCCAACACCAGUGACCUGGACCUUGUGGCCAGCAAGAUCGCAGUCUUCUUGGAGAACCCCAUCUUCUGCCUAGACUAAGGCAGGAAAAGUCCUCCUCACCCCAACCCUGAGCCGAUCCCCCGCCUCCUGUCCCCACCUGUGGUUGUUCUUCAUGUCCUUCCAG